CGAACGACCGGUGUUAGGGUGUUACCGAUUCCGCCGACAGCAACACUACCGACAUGUUGUUGUAGAACUAGAAGCGGCAGAGUCGGACGACGCGCCAAGAUUGAGCUGUGACCGAGGCCGGCAGAGGAUAAGCGUAUAUGCGUCCCCGGGACUAGUUGCUUGGCCGGCUAAAGAGGUGAAAAGCCUCCCCCCUGGACCCUGAAGUCUUUUUAUUGGCGCCAAGGCCCUCGCGAGGCGCCAUGCGUGCAUGCCAUGGCACCUCGUAACUUGUUUGGGGCCGAGCAUUGGCUGAAACUUGAGUUGUCAAGUGCGUCUGUCCGUAAGUGGACUGUAUUAGCCGAGAUUUCCUCCUGCAGCCAAAGGCCAAGCGCUUUCAACGAGUUGGGGUGCAGCCACGUUGCAAUCGCCCAUGCUCAAGGGAACUGGGAGGAAUCGAGGAUGGAGCCAAUCGACGAGGGAGAGUUUCCGCGCGGUCAUCAAGUCGUGUACGGAACAUGCCGUGGCGAGAUGUCAACUUGUCAAGGCCUCGGAUCCUACACGAUUUGUCGCAUUCCAUCGGCGGGUGCGGACGGAUACGUACUCCGUAGAUCGAUCGCACCCUGGAAUCUAAUUCCACUGCUACAUCUCCUAAUGUUGGCGAUCAAGGAGGUCACAGAAAUGGGUACUCUGUAUGUACGCACCCCGUCUCAACUCGUCAAGGCUUCCUUUGUCAGAGUACGUACAUGUGGUAUCACCGGUGAGGCAGUGCCUCAGCGGCAGCGUACCAUUGCAGAGGCAGACCGACGGCUCGAGCAUCCACGCUCAAAUCUCGCUCGACUAUACGCAGCUGUACGUUACUUAGUCGCUUCCAAACAGGGAAGUCCUGCCAUCAAUACCUUCCCCAACAAGACGUUGUUCUCCGAGAUAGCCUCGCCACAUUCUACGGCCUACCUACUUUACCUACCUGCCACCGUCUCGGACAUUUGGCUUUUGUCGGGACGCAGGUCUGCCAAGCCAGUACUCUGUGCAGUACCGCUGGGCCGCGUGCGCCACGUUUCUUGUGACUCCGAAAUGGACCAGCUACAUGAUCCAUCUGCAGCAACGGACCUCCGCAGACUGCAGGUACCUCUACGGCACGUCGGGUUGUGGUGUGUCUGGCUCAGGCGCCGCGGCUGGUCUUGAACCGCCCCCCCUUUUCCGAUGCUACGUACAUUUACACUAAGAAGUGCGCGUGCGGCCAGUGAUUCGUAAUAAAUGAGUCAACGUAACCCCCAGCUCUGCGCU